AUGUCUUUCAGUGAAUUGCACAAGGAGACCGAGACGCAGCUUCUGUCCGAGGUGGACAAGAUCUGCGAGGGGUUCGUCGUGGGCCCCGAGAAGCUCGCGGAACUGACUUCGUACUUCAUCGAGCAGAUGGAGGCAGGGUUGAAAGCAGGGGACUCGGAGCUCGGGCUGCCCAUGAUCCCCUCUUAUGUCACGGGGAAGCCAGACGGUACCGAACAAGGUGUCCUGCUCGCUGCUGAUUUGGGCGGGUCCAAUUUCAGAGUGUGUUCUGUCACGCUGAACGGGGACCACACGUUCAAGAUGGAGCAGUUGAAGACCAGGAUCCCGCAGGAACUGCUGGAGGAGCAGGGGGUCACCUCCGAUGACCUGUUUGGGUACCUGGCCCGGAGAACGAAGGCGUUCUUGACAAGAAACCACCCGGAGCUGCUGAGACCGGACUCGAACGGCGCGUUGCAGCCUUUGAAGAUGGGGUUUACGUUUUCGUACCCGAUCGCUCAAACCUCGCUGAACAGCGGGACUUUGAUCCGCUGGACCAAGGGGUUCUCCAUCAAGGAUACCGUCGGGAAAGAUGUCGUCGAGCUUUUCCAAGAGCAACUCAAGAACUACGGCCUGGACAUGAUCAAUAUCGUCGCGUUGACCAACGACACGAUCGGCACCUUCUUGACGCACUGCUACACCUCGGGGACCGCGCUACAGGCAGGCAGUGGUGAAAUCUCAGAACCGGUCAUUGGUUGUAUCUUCGGUACGGGGACCAACGGGUGCUACAUGGAGAAACUGGACAAUAUCGAGAAAUUACCUGCCAAAUUGAAGGCAAGCUUGAAGAAGGAGGGGAAGGACGAAAUGUGUAUUAACACAGAAUGGGGGUCCUUCGAUAACGAGUUGAAACACUUACCAACCACCUGCUACGACACAGACAUCGACCAGAAAUUCUCUCCCAACCCUGGGUUCCACCUGUUCGAGAAACGUGUCUCCGGGAUGUACUUGGGGGAAAUCCUACGUAACGUGUUGGUCGACUUGCACUCCCGGAAACUGCUUCUACAACAGUACCGCACGCACGACCAGUUGCCCCACAGACUCAAGACCCCCUUUGAAUUGUCCUCGGAGGUCCUUGCAAGAAUUGAAAUCGAUGACUCAACAACUCUAAGGGAAAUCGAACUCUCGUUCUUGCAAUCCCUGAGACUACCGACGACGUACCCAGAACGGAAGGCCAUUCAAGCGUUAGUCCGUGCGAUCACAAGAAGGUCCGCGUACUUGGCCUCGGUGCCCAUCGCAGCCAUCUUGAAGAAGACAGGCGCCCUAGAGAAGAGGUACCACGGAGAAGUCGAGAUCGGAUGCGACGGGUCAGUGGUAGAGUACUACCCUGGGUUCAGAUCCAUGCUGAGACACGCGCUCGCAUUGUCACCCUUGGGGCCAGAAGGUGAAAGAAAGAUCCACUUGAGAAUCUCAAAGGACGGGUCCGGUGUCGGUGCCGCCCUGUGUGCCCUGGUCGCUUGA